CCAUUGGACCACAUUGUCACCCCCAAACCUCUUCUUCUUCCUUCAACUUUUCUUUUUUCAAACCAAAAGCAAACUAAAAUCAAUAUAUCAAAAUGGGUUCAACCAGCGAAUCAGAGGAGUUGGAGGCUUGCAUGUUCGCCAUGCAACUGGCUAGUGCUUCUGUACUGCCCAUGGUCCUGAAAUCGGCCAUAGAGCUCGACCUUCUUGAGACCAUGGCUAAGGCCGGUCCAGGUGCAUAUGUGUCUCCUAAGGAGCUUGCGGCUCAGCUCCCGACCAAGAACCCCGAUGCACCGGUCAUGCUAGACCGGAUUCUCCGACUUCUUGCGAGCUACUCUGUUCUCAAUUGUACUGUCCAUGACCUGCCCGACGGUCGUGUUGAGAGGCUCUACGGUCUCGCGCCGGUUUGCAAGUUCUUGACCAGAAACGCUGAUGGUGUGUCCAUGGCACCUCUUGUGCUCAUGAAUCAAGAUAAAGUCCUCAUGGAGAGCUGGUAUUACUUGAAAGAGGCAGUUCUUGACGGAGGAAUUCCAUUUAACAAGGCCUAUGGAAUGACAGCAUUCGAUUACCACGGCACGGAUCCGAGAUUCAACAAGGUUUUCAACCAGGGGAUGUCUAAUCACUCCACCAUUACCAUGAAAAAACUCCUAGAGACUUACGAUGGAUUCAAGGGCCUCAAGUCUAUCGUUGAUGUCGGUGGUGGCACCGGUGCCACCAUGAACAUGAUCGUCUCCAAGUACCCAACCAUCAAGGGCAUUAACUUUGAUUUGCCUCAUGUCAUCGAAGAUGCUCCAUCUUAUCCCGGUGUGAAACAUGUGGGAGGAGAUAUGUUUGUUAGCGUACCAAAAGGGGAUGCUAUUUUUAUGAAGUGGAUAUGUCAUGAUUGGAGUGACGAGCACUGCCUAAAGUUUUUAAAGAAAUGCUACGAAGCACUUCCCGACAACGGGAAAGUGAUCUUAGCUGAAUGCAUUCUUCCCGUUGCUCCAGACUCCAGGCUCACUACUAAGAAUGUGAUCCAUAUCGAUGUGAUAAUGUUAGCUCAUAACCCUGGCGGAAAAGAGAGGACUGAGAAAGAAUUCGAGGAAUUGGCAAGGGGAGCUGGUUUUGAAGGUUUCCGCGUAAUGUGCUCUGCUUACAACACUUAUGUCAUAGAAUUUUUGAAAAAGAUUUGAGUGUGUGGGGUUGGGUGUGGAUGUGGUGAGUGGUUGUGGGUUUUGUGCUUGUGAUAAUCUCUGUUCCAAAGUUUGAUUUACAUUAUAUGUAACUCUUCACUCGUACACGAGAAUAAGAAAAACAAAUAAAUCCAAUCUACAUAUACCAAAUAAAAAAAUUUGUUUGCUUAA